GCUGAGCGGGGGGGGGGCGCGCACAGGGAACAACCCCCCACUGGCUUUUAGUGCUGUUUAUUUGCUGGCUUGUUAAUUUUUCUGUUUUUAAGUAAACUAUUUGAUAAAACCCUUCACGUGUUUCAAGCUGACACUGUCCAGCGAGGUGUGCCGCGGUCCGCUGCUUCUUACAGCGACCCUGAAGCGGACUGAACUACAAAUAUCGUCGAGGCACCAGCUAAGCUAACCCACUGAUAACGUUAGUGUUUGUUAUUGAUUAGACUCUGCAGCAGUCGAGAUUACAGCCAGCUCCACAGCUCUCCAGGGACCAUGGCGGGGUUGCUGCAGCAGCGCCCCCGUGUGGCCGAGGCCUGUCUGCUGCUGCUGCUGUGCUACUUGACCGGUGGCCUGUCCCUCCCGGACCCCAGGCAGAGAGAGGCCCUCAUACAGCUGGAGGCCUCCAUGCAGACAGGCGGGCAGAUGGUGCUGACAGAUGCUGAGCAGCGGCUGGACGCUCUGCUCUUCAAGAUGAAGCGGGAGGAGAUGGCGAGGGCCGACUUUCCUCCCGCCAUGCACUUCUUCAAGGCCAGGCCCCUCAUCAGGACCGCUCCCAUCUUCCAGCUGCUCCAGAAGAUGCCUAAAGGUGGAGCUCUCCAUGUCCAUGACUUUGCCAUGGCUAACGUGGAGUGGCUAGUGAAGAACGCGACCUAUCGGCCCCACUGCUACAUGUGCGUCACCGACAAGCAGUCCAUCAGAUUCAUCUUCUCGUCCCGAUGGCCCAAAGCGCUGCCACAUUGCUCUCCAUGGACCCUGCUGGAAACUCUCCGGGCCAAGAUGGUCAACACCACAGAGCUAGACAACAGCAUCAUAGGCAACCUGACGCUCUUCACUGACCAGGACCCAGAGACGGUGUACCCCAGUCAGGAUUUUAUAUGGGGCAGGUUUGAACAGUGCUUCCUUGCACUGUGGGGCCUGGUCACAUAUGCUCCUGUGUUCAGAGACUAUUACUACCAAGGCCUCACCGAGUUCUACGCGGACAACGUCGUGUAUCUGGAACUGCGGGUCCUACUCCCAGAGAUAUACGAGUUGGACGGCAGCACUCACGACACAGCCUGGACUCUGAAGACCUACCGGGAUGUAAGCAGACAGUUCACAGCAGAGCACCCAGACUUCUAUGGAACAAGAUUCAUCCUCACAAUCCACAGGGGAGUAAAUACAUCUGUGAUGACGGGUGCUGUGGAGCAGGCUAUGAAGCUACAGAAAGACUUCCCUGAUAUCAUGGCUGGGUUUGACAUGGUGGGCCGUGAGGACAGUGGCAGACCGCUGUGGUACUUCAGAGAUGCCUUGUCACUGCCAGUAGAGAGAGGGGUGGCGCUUCCUUUCUUUUUCCAUGCUGGAGAGACCGAUCUCGAGGGCACAGAGGUGGACCAGAACAUGUUGGAUGCUCUUUUGCUGAACACUUCACGUAUUGGCCAUGGAUUUGCUCUGGUUCGUCACCCAGUGGCCAAAAGUUUAUCCAGGAACAGAGGGGUGGCUAUGGAAGUGUGCCCCAUCUCCAACCAGGUGAUGAAGCUAGUAAAAGAUUUGCGAAACCAUCCGGCAGCUGCACUGUUGGCAGAGAAUCACCCAUUGGUCAUCAGUUCUGAUGACCCCGGCAUGUUCGGUGCCUCUGGACUUUCUUAUGACUUCUAUGAAGCUUUUGUUGGGUUUGGUGGGAUUAGAUCCAAUAUAGCCACCAUCAAACAGCUGGCCAUAAACUCUAUUAGGUAUAGUUCGUUGCCCCAGAAGCAGCAGGAGGAAGCCCUGGCGCUGUGGCAGAGAAAAUGGGAUACGUUUGUCUCUGAAAAUGCUCCUUAGAGAGAAACUCAUUUUUUAAUUCAAAUGUUUCAUUGUCUAGGGCAUUCAUCAAAUGUGUCUUGCUUCCUUUGAGAAAGGAACGCCUUUUAGCAACUGUAAAUGGGAAUGUGAUGUCUUUCUUAUUAUGACAAGUUGCUGUGAAAAAGGCAUGUAGCUUCAUGUUGCCAUAAUAUGGAGUUACAGUGGCUGUGUACAGUGUGUUAGCUGGCCACUGUGAGACAGGCCUGAGCUACAUCCUAUAAAAUUUAGGGUGAUUACUUGAAUUACACAAAUGAACUGGCUUCAAUCAAGGGCACCUUGUUAUGUCUAGCAUUUUUAAGGAUUUUGAACGUUCGUGCACUUUAAGGUUCAGGUUUGCCUAUGUUUUGAGGGACAGUAACGGUGCCGGACAGCACUGUUAACUGGCUGAGGUGCUAAAUGAUGUUUGAAUUCUCUUUGUGGUGUUUGUGGCUUGCUCAUGCUUUGGAAGAGUGAAACAGGUAGCUUGUUAAAAUCUUGUUUUUAGAUUUUUAGCUGUAAUCGAUUUAUAAAGGUCAUAGUUGACCUUUGCUCAUGCAGACACAUUUUAUGAGAAACAAAAGUCACAUCUUUUUUUGAAGCAGUGGGUAAGAUGCAUAUGAACUAGGGCUGCACAAUAUGGUAAAAACAUCAGAAUGCCAUUAUUUUCACUGAUUGUGAUUGUGAUAUGAUUCAGUACUUCACUAUAAUUGCUGUCACAUUUUACCUUUAUGACAAAAUUGCAGCUUCUGCUAUUUGUGUAUUGCACAUAUAAUAUUUCAGUUAAUUGUGCAACCCGAAUAUGAACAACCGUCUGCGCCAUCCAGACGUAUUAAAUAUUAAAUGUUGUGAACAAAAUAAAACAAAUACGACUGUUGCUUUA